AUGGACGAGUUUGCCCAGACUCGGGGCGCCGACGACCUCUUCGACGACGAAAUCAUCCCAGUGUCAGCAGAUGAUCAACAAGUGCAGACAGAAGUCGUCGUCAUCUCCGAGCCUGAACCCACGCCACCACCGGAGGUUACGCCACCAGAAAAGCAGCCGUCUCCGCGUGGAGAGACUUCACAGCGGGGUGGCAGUUCGCAGCGGGGUGACACUUCUCAGCGAGGCCGUGGACGCGGCGGUCGGCCGAAACAAGGGCGCAGCCUCCAGGACUCCAGAUGGGCGGCGGACACAAAGCCUGCAGAGAGUACCCCGCGGAAGAAGACGCCUGUGAAUAUGCCAGCGUCAGCGCCAAAAGUCAGCCCUGUUGCCACCACCGCAGAGACCACAGACAAGCGAGAAGAGGGGGAGAAGCCACAGACCGCUAAUAAUGAAGAGGGCAAAAAAGACGCUGCCGCUGCAGCCAAUGGCGCCGAUGCACCGAAAGUCCCGGCUGUCCGUGGAGAUCGAAGCGCAACCGGUGGUUUGAAAAAGGUGAAACUUACCGAGGUAGAGCUUGCGAAACGUAUCGCCGCCGCUAAAGAGAAUGCCAUCAAGAAAGCCGCCGCCCAUGCCCGCGCUGAAGCUGAUCAGGCUUCAUUCAUGGAGCGCGAGCAGAUCGCAGCCAAGAAGCGACGCGAAGAACUCGCAAGUCGACGUGUGAUGGAUAAGGAGCGUGAGCAGAAUCGUCAACGUAAGCUCAAGGCACAGACCGGGCGUGAGUGGGAUUCGGAGAAACGCGAAGAUGAUUAUAAUCCCCGUGGUGGGGGGAGCCAAUACCGCCGGGGUAUGCAUGGUGGCGUGGCUGGACAUGUGCGGCGAGAUUUUGAUGGGCUGUCAGACGACCCUACAAGCCACGUCACCCCUGGCCGCGGACGUGGACGAGGUGGCCGUGGGGGACGUGGUCGUGGUCCUUCGCGAGGUCCACAGGAACGUUCGUCCUCUAAAGAUCAAUCCGACCGCCAAAAACCAAACAAGCCAUCCAUUAAUGAUGAAGCCGACUUUCCAGCUCUCCCUGUGGGCAAGAAAUCGGCGGAUUCAGAAGAUACUGUGGAAGCAUCCGAGAAACCAGCUGCGGCUGUCAAACUACCCCCGUCAAUGGAAAGCCUUGAAUCUACAAUGUCCCCGGUGUCUGGAAGCUGGGCAGAUCAAGUUGAGGAGUGA